CUGGCGCAGUCGUCUGCAGCACCCAGAACGCAAACGUCUCUCUCCUUCGCCUGUUUUCCUCUUCUUCGCCGGACGGACGGGCGCACCCGAUCGAGCGAGCGCCUCCCCCUGAUUUUCCUGCAGAAAGACUGCAUUUUACGACAGAAGAACCUGUCAGGAGCUCCUAGAAAAAGAACCAAAGUUGAUCCUGCAGAGGUGGGUAGCUAGUCCGGCAGGGCUGGCUUCAGGAGAUCAGCCACGGCUCUAAGGAAAGGACCCCGCGUAACACCGAGAAGGGGAAGACAAUGUGUCCAUCGCUUUCCUAAGUUCCUUCUUGCAUCGCCUUCUUUCCACGGUGGCCGCGGUGCCCUCCCGUCUGCAGGGGGGCAUCCUUCCGAUCUGACCUACCUUGCUGGUGGUGGUGCUGCACAAGUCUGAAGUAGGCUUCUAGCAUUGUAGUUAGUUCAGUUAGUAGUGCAUAUAUUAAGCGUUGUAAGUAUGGUGUCAGCCACCAAGUUAGACGGUGACUAUUCUUUCCAUGGCAAGAACACUCCUCUGGAUCAGUUUGAAGGUGUGAAGAUACAUCUUUACCGUCUAGGUACAGAACAACGUGAACUUGAUGCUCUCAAAAGCUCCGCAUGUGCUGAUCAAGGCAGCCCAAGUUUACUUGAUACAAUCAUUCUGUCUCAGUGGGAGAAUAAUUCCCGUGAGGGCCAGUUGGCAUAUGAUGUUACUGCUUGCAAACUUAAGGUCAUUGAAGGUGAAAGGGAUUUUGUUAUUCAGAUGAAUGAUAAGUGGAAUUCAUUUUUGCUCAACGAAUAUGGCAAGUUCAGUCAUCCUUUUGGAUGCUCGAAGCUAAGUUCUACUAAAAGCUGCGGGGAAUUGCUUUUGUGCAUUGAGGAAGGAGAAAAGAAUGUACCGGAGGUUGUUCCUUUGACUACACCCCCAAACGGUGGAGUAAUGCUGAUUGCAAAUGCGUAUCCUGUUGAAUAUGGCCACGUCUUCUUGGUCCCAAAUCCAACUAAUAGAUUAUCUCCCUUUUGGGAUAAAAAGAUGUUUGGGCUGAUUAUGAAGAUUGCUGCUGAAGUAAACAGUGCAGCGUUCCGGGUUUUCUUCGAUGGUACAUCUAUUGUGCCAAA